GGAGGACAAUCAGGCCAACUGAACGACCCACAGACAUGACAGGUCACGUCCCGGUGGAUCCGGGCACCGAGGCUCACGCGGAGGACCGCGCGGCCAUCUGCAUCAACGUGGGCGGCUUCAAGAAGCGGCUGCAGUCCGACACCCUCUCCCGCUUCCCCGAGACGAGGCUCGCGCGCCUCCUCCAGUGCCGCUCCACGGAGUCCAUCCUGGAGCUGUGCGACGACUACGACGACGCGGAGAAGGAGUUCUACUUCGACAGGAACCCGGCUCUGUUCCCCUACGUGCUGAAUUUCUACAACACGGGGCGGCUGCACGUGAUGGCGGAGCUGUGCAUCUUCUCCUUCAGCCAGGAGAUCGAGUACUGGGGCAUCAACGAGUUCUUCAUCGACUCCUGCUGCAGCAGCGCCUACCACUGCAGGAAAAUGGACCAGGACCGGGAGGACUGGGACGACCGGAGCGACGAGGGCAGCACCACGUCCUCCUUUGACGAGCUGCUGGAGUUUUACAACGACGCCACCAAGUUCGACAAGCAGCUGCUCGGGAGCGCGCGGAGGCGCGUGUGGCUGAUGCUGGACAACCCCGGGUACUCGGUGGCCAGCCGCAUCAUCAGCGUCCUCUCCAUCCUGGUGGUGCUGGGCUCCAUCGCCACCAUGUGCAUGAACAGCAUGAGUGAGUUCAGCCUGCUGGACGGGGAGGGGCAGCCCACGGAGGACCCGCGCUUCGAGACCGUGGAGCACUUUGGGAUCGCGUGGUUCACUCUGGAGUUGGUGGCCCGGUUCGCUGUGGCCCCGGACCUGCUGCACUUCUUUGACCACCCUCUGAACGUCAUCGACCUGGUGUCCAUCCUUCCGUUCUACCUGACGCUCCUCAUCAACCUGGUGGUGGAAAGCAGCCCGGCGCUGGCCAACCUGGGCCGGGUCGCGCAGGUUCUGCGGCUCAUGAGGGUUUUCCGCAUCCUGAAACUGGCCCGCCACUCCACGGGCCUGCGCUCCCUGGGGGCCACACUCAGAAACAGCUACAAAGAGGUGGGCCUGCUGCUUCUCUACCUGGCCGUGGGGGUCUCCUUCUUCUCCGUCAUCGCUUACACGGUGGAGAAAGAGGACACGGAGGACCUGUCCACCAUCCCGGCCUGCUGGUGGUGGGCCACCGUCAGCAUGACCACGGUGGGCUACGGGGACGUGGUGCCCGUCUCCAUAGCGGGCAAACUGACCGCCUCGGCGUGCAUCCUGGCCGGGAUCCUCGUGGUUGUGCUUCCCAUCACGCUCAUUUUCAACAAGUUUUCCCUCUUCUACAAAAGACAGAAACAGCUGGAGAUCGCCAUGAGGAGCUGCGACUUCGACGAGGGCAUCAAGGAGGUCCCCUCCGUCAACCUGAGGAACUAUUACGCGCACAAAGUGAAAUCCCUCAUGGCGAGUUUGUCCAACAUGAGCCGGAGUUCACCCAGUGAACAGAGUCUGAACGAGUCCCUGCACUGAGCCGGACUCUCAGAGACCCGGACCUGGACCACCAGACCUGCAGACCUGCACGUCUGAGGGAGGAGCUGUCCGAGGUCCUGACGGCGCAGGAAGGAUCUGCUUCCCUCCGGACACGCGUGACCAUUAUCUCUCUGUAGCUCUGUGCAAUAAAGUGUUGAUAUGUGUCAGUCACAGUGAGACAGUUUAAC